CCUCCUCCUCUUCUCCCCGAGGUGGAGAAACAGAGAGACGUCAGGCCGGACCGGAGAUUAGCAGUGGCUUUAAGUGGAUUAGAAAGCAGCCGAGUUUGGGAGAAGCGAGCGGAGAGUGAGCGGAGCAGGCGCCGCUUCGCCCCCUCAGGCUUCAGCCUCUCUCUCUUUCGCUCGCUUUCUCUCUCGAACUGAGGCGCCCCGCCAUGCCCCAGACAGUGGCUCUGAGCGGCCCUUCGCCGUGGGGCUUCCGGCUGGUCGGGGGCAAGGACUUCAGCACCCCGCUGACCAUUUCUAGGAUUAAUCCUGGAAGUAAAGCCGCCCUUGCCAGCCUUUGCCCAGGUGAUGUCAUCUUGUCAAUUAAUGGUGAGAGCACAGAAAACAUGACACACCUAGAAGCACAAAACAAGAUCAAAGCUUGUCUGGAUCAGCUGACCCUAUCUGUGAACAGAGCUGAAAGCAAGGCUUGGCCCCCUAAUAUUUUAGAAGAUGGAAAAGCACAAGCUUAUCGAGUCAAUGUAGAACCGGAGCCACAGGAUAAUGGACCUGUUCCAAAUAGAAGACCAGCGACAUUUUCACCUGGAGGAAGUCCAACAGACAACAAACAGAUAUCGAACUUGCAGUACAAUAACCCCACGCGGCUAUAUACAAACAACAACGCAGAUUCCAGUUUACCAUCACAGAUGAGUAGUCUGCAUAUCACAUCUUCCCACAGCGCUGACCCUUUGAGGUCCCUACCAAGAAGCAGAAAUGGAAUUGACAUGGACUCAGAUGUGUACAAAAUGCUGCAGGAUUAUGAAAGGCCAGUUUCAGAACCCAAGCAGUCAGGAUCUUUCCGAUAUCUGCAAGGCAUGUUGGAAGCAGGAGAAAAUGGUGAAAAACAUGACAGGCUGACGAGUCCAAGACAUGUUAAAUCUCCAGUAUCCAAAUUGGGUGGAGCCAUGCCUGGCUUACAGAUGCUCCCCGAGUGCACCAGAUGUGGGAAUGGAAUUGUCGGCACAAUAGUGAAAGCCCGUGACAAGCUCUACCAUCCAGAGUGUUUCAUGUGCGAUGACUGCGGCCUCAACUUGAAGCAAAGGGGCUACUUCUUCAUUGAGGAACAGCUGUACUGUGAAAUGCAUGCCAAGGAAAGGGUUAAGCCGCCAGAAGGAUAUGAUGUGGUUGCUGUUUAUCCCAAUGCUAAAGUUGAACUUGUCUAAAUAGAUACUCUUAUUUCCUGGAGAGGUCAAGAGGUGGCACACCCACCCACAGGCACAGGCACUGUUUUAAAGCAUGGCUGUAAUCAACUCUUGAUUAUUCAAGUCUCAGUAAAAUGUCUUUUCAGAGAUAAAAUGGUUUGCACUUGGGAUCUCAAGGGGAUAGUGCUGAAAGGCCUCUGAAAAGGAUUUCUCUCUCCUUUUGACACUUGCUUUUGGGUUGCUGUGUUGUUGUUGUUUGGGUGGGUGCUGUUUUGUUUCAUUUUUUACUGCACAUAGUUUCCAUCAUCAACCCAAUCCAAAACCUGUGUAAAUAUGGGUGCUUUUUAAAACACUGUUUCAUAUAAAACCAGUAUUUCUUUUAUUCUGGACUCAGCUCAUCUGGUAAAGAAAAAGCGAUUUAUAUGUGUUGUAUGUGUGAUAUAACAUUGUGUCACCAGAUGGCAACAUGGAAUCCAGUUUUUCUCUAUCUGUUUUCCCUGUUUAAAUUUACAAUGUUUUAAAACUGAAACGCUUCUUUGUUGUGUCUAGAUCCAGCCUCUGUCUCGUUUUAAAAUAUAAAGAAGACUGCAUGAAAGCUCCAUGCAAAGAAGGCACUUUAAGAAAUGACAUUUACAUUUUACAUUUUAAAGCAUUGCAUCACAUUAACUUUCGUCAGUGAUAGAGAUAUGCCACAAAGAUUGCUUUGUGGCUUUCAGAGUGAUAGAAAACUGAGGCCACGUGUUAUGAGAAUUAUAAAUAUGAAGCUGGCUGCAUGAGUUUCAUCAAGAAACUUGGGAAUGAACAGAUAAAAGACUCGUAAGAACACAGAUAUAUAAAAAAUGUAAUGUCCUGGUUGCCAUUUCCAAACAAUACUAUUUAUUACAUGUAAGACUAAUCACUAACAUUUAUCAUUCUGGCGAUAUCUGUCAGCAGUAGCUAGAGCUAUCCACUCUAGCUUGUGGGGCUUGUGUUCCAACACUGCCUUUCUUGUUAUACCAGAGAAAAUAUCAUGUGAAUCCCAAUGGAUGGUCCCCCAUUGACUGGUAGCAAUGAACAGGCUGGAAACCCUGUUAAGUAUCCUCAGGUCUUUCCAGAUCAAGGGGACCCUAAUGUAAUGUCCAUUCUGACACCAAACUAAAACUGUGUAAACCACUGUUGUGCCCUGCAUAAAAUGUUUAAGAAAGAUUUCACAUAUAUAUUGUACAUGUGGUUUUCUCUCUCUCAUCUUUGAGAAAGCAUGGUUUCUUUUGCAGAUAUUCUUGGUUACUGAAUCAUCUACGCACCUGCAUUUUUUUCUUUUUUUCUUUCUUUCUUUCUUUCUUUCUUUCUUUCUUUCUUUCUUUCUUUCUUAUAAAACUUUGAACAAAGGGCUGUACAUGCCAGGAAUAAACACUUUACUUAAAACUGCUUUCAGAUACAAUGAAGUUGACCUGGUCAACACUAUGUGCAGAACACCUAAAUCCAGCCUAGGAUGAAAAGAAAAAUAAUUCAUUCCAGAUUCUUUUUUUAGGGCAAGGCAUCAGACCUAAAUAUCAUAGACAUUUGGGAGAUUUCAAGACAAUCAUUGUGUAACACAACAAUUGCACAUUUGUUAUUCAUUUGUUACAUUUGAAAUUGUCAUUUCUUGAGAGGAAUUAUGUCAUCACCAAUCCUGAUUACAGAGCUAUUGGGGGAGGGAACCCCUGCGGUUUUUGAAUAGAAGGAUAUGACCGAGACCUUACAGAAGUCAACUCCUGAACUCAAGUAUAAACAAUCCAGAUAUGAAAAUGAGGAUGGAAUGCUCAGUGGCCCUUGUGCUCUCCGAAACAGUGAUUGCCCUGGGCAGCCAAACUGCUAAUCCUAAGUGUAAAGGGGGGGGGGAAUAAACUUUCUAUGUCUAAAUGUUUAAGCCUCAGCUGCAUUUUGGCAACAGCUUAUACACCAUUUUUUUAAAAAAAAGUCAGAAUGCAUUACGUUUUUGGCAAUGUGGUCACUUUAUGGAAGCGGAUCCAGUAUGAUGUUGUGGUUCAGGGUUGUAGGCAGGAUUAAAAUCCCCACUCAGCCAUGCAGCUUGCUCGGUGACCAUGAGACAGUUGCAGUCUCUCAGCCUAACCGACCUUACAGGGUUGUCAUGAGGAUAAAAUGGGAAUGGAGUAAACCAUGCAGAACACCUUGAGCUCCUUGAAGGAAAAGUGGCAUAUAAAUGUAAAUCUCUAAUGAAACCAUUGGCAUAUUCUGCUCAGUAGAAGGCUCUGCACAAGUAAUGAUAUGAGUCCAAUUCCUAGUUAAGUGCUAGGCACAUGCAAUCCCCAAAAAUAUAAAGAAUCAUGCCAAGCUUGGUAUCAGCAAUAUUGUUUGACUCUUUAAGGGGGCAUAGGCUUUUCUCAAAUCACAGACAUAUAGGAAAUUCAACCAGGACCGCUUAAAUCCCCCCCACACCCCAUAAGAUGGGAAUGACAGGAGAGUUCACUGUUUGCCAUAGUAGAUUUAUGGCAGUGGAUCAUCAACAGAACUCAGGGUAGAGAAAGGCAACACUCACAGCAUUAUUAUCCAAGGGUUCCACUAUGUGGCCUGCAGGUAUAAAUUUUAAAAAAUAUAAUAAGCAAUUAAGGUUUUGUGCAAACAGAACGGUUCCAUUUGUUUUAGGAACUAUAAACUCCUACACCAAAGGGAAAGAUGUGUACUUUGCUUAGAAACAGUAUUGCUUAUCAAUUUCACAAACACCAUUGCUAGUAAGAACAAGAGUGAAACCAAAUUGCUCUGUGUGAACAGGUAUACUAUGCCUUAACUGAGAAAAAAUAUGUGGCAACAAGCUAAAAAAAAAUUGUGUGCUGUUAGUUAAUCCAUAUUGCUCUUUACAGUGAAUACAGUUCUGUGUUUUCUACCCAGUUACAUUAGCUAAUUAAACAGGUGAGGUUUAGUUCAUUAAUUGAUUGAUUAAAUAUGAACAAAGUUGUAUAUGCAAAAUAUUAUACCUAAAAAAAUACCGUCUUUGCCUUUGGAUGAUGUAUACAUAUGCCACAACAGGAAUAACUUUCAAAGAAGUCAUUCUUUCUCCCAAGCGGGACUCCUCUUAUGGUGAUACUUGUCACCUGCAGUUGUUAUAAAGUGCUUCUAUUAAAAAUAAUUUCAGUUUUUAGAAUUCUUUUGACCCAUUAAUUGGUGAUUCCUUUUUAGUCGGUCAACACUUGUCGAUUAGUCUAAUUGAUUUACUAAGCAUUGGAACCAUUAAUAUUUUCACAUUAUGUCUUAGCAAAUCUAACAUCAGGUGAUCUUUGAAAUUCUACUUUGAAAGUCUUGUAAACACUUUGAAGGCAGCUUUGCCACCAAAUGAAGUUUAAGUUUGCUGGUCUAGAGUUUUUGUUGUUGUAUCAGUACAAAUGAACUGAAAAAUUAUAAAUGUUUAUCAUUUAUUAAUAGCAUAAAAAUAUUGUUACUGUUUUAUUUACUGGUUGCUAACAGAAACAUGUUUCUUUGAGAUAGUCAUGAACAUUCAUUUUAAUUUUGUUUAUUAACAUUGUUGGUCUUCAAGGACCGAAGCUAUUUUUUGUGGGUUUCUAUAUGAACUAGCACUGGAAAAUGCAUCUUAUGAACCUCUGAUUUUACAUACUGGUUAUGUACAUUUCUUUUCUAUAACAAAUACACAGUAUAUUCCCUU